AACUUUUGUCUUGCUUACAGUACGGUUUAUUGGUUUAUAUGCACUUACUGUUCAAGUGACCAUCAUUAUUUAAAAAAAAUAUGUGAAUUUUAUCGCACAUUUUAUUUAACGUUUGUCAUACUUUUUUACCAUUUAGAGGCCACAUUUUUUAUAAUUAUAACGUAAUUAGUAACCAAGUAAAAAUGCAAAUGGUACCCGAUUUUGGUGUGUUUACCACAGUAUUUUUUUACUGUAGUUUGAUAAUUGUAGGACCCGUGGUUACCUUUUUUGUGGUCAAAUUAAUACUACUUGAUGGAAUGCUUGGAGUAAACAAUGUUACUUCUAGUGUUUGGUCAGCUAUAUUAGCUGUUAUUGUACUGCACAUUGCUCUGGGAAUGUUUAUUGUUAAAGCCUACAGUGAUUCUGGGAAAAAACAAGAAAGUAAAGAUGACAAGAUUGAUUAAGUUAUAUUUUAAGUUAAAGAGCGAACUGCAAGGAUAUUAAGGUUUACUUGCAGUCUACUGUGUUACCCUGCUGUACUAAAAUCAAUGUUACAUGUACUGAUACUUGUAAAUUACUUUUCCUACUUUUUUUUGUUUUUAAUUUUUGUAAUAUCUCCUAUGAAUAUGUUAAUAACAAAAUCCUGUAGUUUUAAUUUAAAUAAAAUAUAUUUUAGUGAGAAAUAUAAAAGA